AUGAAAGAACACCAUCCCCGCUGGCUGAGUCGAGGUGGUUCCGGAUCUAUCACCAGUGCGAUUCUCGCUCACCUGGUAGACACUGGCCAUCGUGUUGACCCAAUUGAAGCAUUCCGCAUUAUCUAUCAGGUUCCCCCGAACCGGUCCAAAUAUGUUGGAAUGCAUACGUUGGCCAUAGCCGAGGCCAUCUGUAUUAAGCAUUUGACCCCCAAACGAUGCACCCAGAAACGUUUUAUCCAAGCAGUCCAUCUCCCCCGAAGGGUUCGCGAACCCACUCCUCCCCCAUGA